CACAAACACUCUGCAGGGAAGAUGAAUCAUGUGGUUUGUCAUGUGAUGGUAAACAGGAAUUGAAUUGAAAAACUUGAAACGGUCAACAUUUAGCGAGCAACUACACUAUCCUAUAGGUGUAUACCUUAAGAGUAGAAGUGGGCCAGAGCCCGAAUUGCAGAGGUGCCUUGUAGACCUUAGACCGUCGCCAUGGUGGAUUUCCUGGCGGAAAACAACCUGUGUGGUCAGGCGGUGCUGAGGAUCGUGUCCCGGGGAAACGCUAUCAUAGCCGAGCUCCUCCGCCUCUCGGAGUUCAUCCCUGCUGUCUUCAGACUCAAAGACAAGAGCGAUCAGCAGAAAUACGGAGACAUCAUCUGUGACUUCAGCUACUUCAAGGGUCCAGAGUACUACGACAGUAAGCUAGAAGCCAAACCAGAUCUGCAGGAUCUGGACGAUGAGUUUCGGGAGAACAACCUGGAGAUACUCUCACGAUUCUACCUGGCGUUUGAAAGUGUCCACAAGUACAUCGUCGAUCUAAUCAGGUAUCUGGAUGACCUGUAUGAAGGAGUUUACAUUCAACAGACCCUGGAGACGGUGCUGCUGAAUGAGGAUGGAAAACAGCUCCUGUGUGAGGCGCUGUAUCUCUAUGGAGUCAUGCUGUUGGUUAUUGACCAGAAGAUGGAGGGGGAGGUCAGAGAGAGGAUGCUGGUGUCCUACUAUAGAUACAGUGCUGCCCGCUCCUCAGCGGACUCCAACCUGGAUGACAUCUGUAAGCUGCUGCGGAGUACUGGCUACUCCAGCCAAUCAGGGGCCAAGCGGCCAGCUAACUACCCCGAGAGCUACUUCCAGAGAGUACCUAUCAGUUCUACCUUCAUCAGCAUGGUGAUCGGGAGGCUGCGCUCUGAUGACAUCUAUAACCAGGUGUCUGCGUACCCUCUGCCUGAGCACCGCAGCACAGCGUUGGCUAACCAGGCUGCCAUGCUGUAUGUCUGUCUCUACUUCAUUCCCUCCAUACUUCAGACUCAACAGGCCAAGAUGAGGGAGAUAGUGGACAAGUACUUCCCUGAUAACUGGGUCAUCAGUGUCUACAUGGGAAUCACUGUGAAUCUGGUGGAGGCCUGGGAACCGUAUAAAGCUGCCAAGAUCGCCCUCAACUACACCCUGGACUCAGCCAAUAUCAGAGAGCAGGCCAGUCGUUAUUCAGUCAGCAUGGAGGGCCUGAGGCCACAGAUCCAGCAGCUGCUGAAGGAAGGGUUCCUGAGGGAGGAGAUCGUCCUGGAUAACGUCCCUAAGCUGCUCAACUGUCUCCGGGACUGUAACGUUUCCAUACGUUGGCUGAUGCUACACACUGCAGACUCCGCCUAUGAUCCCAACAACAAGCGUCUGCGCCAGAUCAAAGACCAGGUGAUCAACGACUCCAAGUACAACCCCAAGAUCCUGUUCCAGGUCCUCCUAGACACCGCCCAGUUUGAGUUCACCCUCAAAGAGAUGUUCAAGAAGAUGCUGUCAGAGAAGCAGCUGAAAUGGGAGAGUUAUAGAGCUGAGGGAUCUGAGAGGAUGACCGAGCUGGCUGAGGUCUUCUCUGGGGUCAAGCCUCUAACCAGAGUGGAGAAGAAUGAGAACCUGCAGGCAUGGUUCAGGGAGAUCUCGAAGCAGAUCGAGUCUCUGAACUACGAGGACUCCACCGCGGCAGGCAGGAAGACCGUUCAGCUGAUACAGGCCCUCGUAGAGGUUCAAGAGUUCCACCAGUUGGAGUCCAACCUGCAGGUGUGUCAGUUCCUGGCUGACACCAGGAAGUUCCUUCACCAGAUGAUCAGGACUAUCAACAUCAAGGAGGAGGUUCUGAUCACCAUGCAGAUAGUAGGGGACCUGUCCUACGCAUGGCAGAUCAUAGACAGCUUCACGUCCAUCAUGCAGGAGAGUAUCAGAGUGAACCCAUCCAUGGUGACCAAACUACGAGCAACCUUCCUAAAGUUGGCGUCUGCGUUGGACCUCCCUCUGCUGCGUAUCAACCAGGCCAACAGUCCAGAUCUGCUCAGUGUUUCUCAGUUCUACUCCGGGGAACUGGUGACCUACGUCAGAAAGGCAGCAGCGUUCUGCGAGAGGCAGCGUUCAGCGUUCUGCGAGAGGCAGCGUUCAGCGUUCUGCGAGAGGCAGCGUUCAGCGUUCUGCGAGGGGCAGCGUUCAGCGUUCUGCGAGGGGCAGCGUUCAGCGUUCUGCGAGGGGCAGCGUUCAGCGUUCUGCGAGGGGCAGCGUUCAGCGUUCUGCGAGGGGCAGCGUUCUGCGAGGGGCAGCGUUCUGCGAGGGGCAGCGUUCGAGGGCAGCGUUCUGCGAGGGGCAGCGUUCUGCGAGGGGCAGCGUUCUGCGAGAGGCAGCGUUCUGCGAGGGGCAGCAGCGUUCUGCGAGGGGCAGCAGCGUUCUGCGAGGGGCAGCAGCGUUCUGCGAGGGGCAGCAGCGUUCUGCGAGGGGCAGCAGCGUUCUGCGAGGGUUAGUGGGUUUUCUACAGCUGAACAUCCUGGACUUGUUAUUUUGUUCCUGAUGUUCUCACAGGUUGCCAAACUCACCCACGCCAUCUCCAUCUUUACUGAAGGGAUUCUGAUGAUGAAGACGACGCUGGUUGGAAUCAUCAAGGUGGAUCCCAAGCAGCUCCUGGAAGAUGGUAUCAGGAAGGAGUUGGUGAGAAGAGUAGCCUACGCUCUACACAAAGGACUUAUCUUUAACCCCAAGGCUAAGACCAGUGAGUUGAUGCCGAAGCUGAAGGAGAUGGCGGCCACCAUGGACGGAUUCUACCGGUCCUUUGAGUACAUCCAGGAUUACGUCUCCAUCUACGGUCUGAAGAUCUGGCAGGAGGAGGUCUCUCGGAUCACCAACUACAACGUGGAGCAGGAGUGUAACAGCUUCCUGCGCACCAAGAUCCAGGAUUGGCAGAGUGUCUACCAGUCGACCCAUAUCCCCAUACCCAAGUUCCCCGCGGUCGAUGAGUCGGCCACCUUCAUCGGACGACUCUGUAGAGAGAUCCUCCGCAUCACAGACCCCAAGGCGACGUGUUACAUGGACCAGUUGAACACCUGGUACGACCUGAAGACCCACCAGGAGGUGACCAACAACCGUCUGUUCUCUGAGAUACAGGACACCCUGGGGACCUUCGGCCUCAACGGGCUGGACAGGCUGCUCUGCUUCAUGAUGGUCAAGGAACUGCAGAACUUCCUGUCGGUGUUUCAGAAGACCAUCCUGAGAGACAAGGCUAUGGUGGAUGUCUUUAAAGCCAUGCUGAGCGCUGUCAAUCCCGUCAAAGGUAUUGUGGCAAAUGCCAGUAAAGGCUAUGCCAACGCUGUCGCCAAAACACAGAAGAUCUGGGGUCCGUACUUGGAGUCCAUCAUGAAGGUUGGUCAGAUGCAGAUCCUGAGGCAACAGAUCGCCAACGAGUUGAACUACUCCUGCAAGUUUGACUCCAAACACCUCGCUGCUGCUCUGGAGAACCUCAACAAGUCUCUACUGGCUGAUAUAGAAGCCCACUACCAGGACCCCAGCCUUCCAUACCCCAAGGAGGACAACAACCUGCUGUAUGAGAUCACAGCCUCUCUGGAGGCAGCAGGCAUUCACAACCCACUCAACAAGAUCUACAUUACAACCAAGCGCCUGCCUUACUUUCCUAUCGUCAACUUCCUCUUCAUCAUCGCUCAGCUGCCUAAACUGCAGUACAGCAAAAACCAAGGGAUGACGUGCAGGAAAGCCACCGACCCGGUAGACUGGUCUCCUCUGGUUCUUGGCCUGCUCACUCUGCUGAAGCAGUUCCACUCCAGAUACACAGAGCAGUUCCUGGCUCUCAUUGGGCAAUUCAUACGCUCCAUCAUGGAACAGUGCACCAGUCAGAAGAUCCCGGACAUGCCGUCCGAUGUGGUGGGAGCUCUGAUGUUUCUGGAGGAUUACGUACGCUACACCAAACUGCCUCGCAAGGUGGCCGAGGCCCACGUGCCAAGUUUCAUCUUUGACGAGUUCAGGACAGUCCUGUGAAGAUCUGGAUAAAGGCCUCGAGUUCAGGACAGUCCUGUGAAGAUCUGGAUAAAGGCCUCGAGUUCAGGACAGUCCUGUGAAGAUCUGGAUAAAGGCCUCGAGUUCAGGACAGUCCUGUGAAGAUCUGGAUAAAGGCCUCGAGUUCAGGACAGUCCUGUGAAGAUCUGGAUAAAGGCCUCGAGUUCAGGACAGUCCUGUGAAGAUCUGGAUAAAGGCCUCGAGUUCAGGACUGUCCUGUGAAGAUCUGGAUAAAGGCCUCGAGUUCAGGACUGUCCUGUGAAGAUCUGGAUAAAGGCCUCGAGUUCAGGACAGUCCUGUGAAGAUCUGGAUAAAGGCCUCGAGUUCAGGACUGUCCUGUGAAGAUCUAGACAAAGGCUUCUUGGUUUAACUUUCUGUUGAUUCCUUCAUUUUGACUUUAAUUAAUCUCUUGGUUAUGUAAUGACCUUUAAUGUGCUAGUGCUUUAGUAACACUGUAAAUAGUUGGAUGGUUUUUAAUAACAUCAUGUGUUACCAGCUUUGGUAUAAUGUCACUGUGGUAAUAUGUCAUUAAUUAAAUACAAAAGAGGCUUUGAAUAAAUCUAAUUGUAUAUAA